AAAGUGUAUAAAUACCAGAAACAUAUUUGAUACAUUGGCUAACUUUCAAUUUUAAAUGGCUCAGUUGAUAAAACAAGAGCAGGAUAAGCACCUGAAAUUUGUUCUGGGUCAACCGGAAGAAGUUCUUGUCGAAUUCUGCAAACUAGCUAUCGAGUACAUCAGCAAUGGAAUCAAUGAAAAGAAAUGUACCGUUGCUGCAAAAAAACUUGAAACGACAUUCGAGACCAUCAAAUCCUGCAUUGAGGCCCUGGUAUGCCUGCUAAUGGAUUGUACAAAGCUGCACAUCAGUGAGGAAGAGUUUCGAACACUGAAAACCAUUGAUUUUACCGACAGUCAAAUAGAUAUCCUUUGGCAGUUUGUGAGCAGUAAGCGUAAAUUGGUGGAGAAUAUUUUGAAGAAUUCGACGGAUAGUGAGUUGCACUUUCGCGAUCUGGAAUGGCGAUUGGAGGCUAAAGUGGCCUCAAGAUCGCUGCAUCGGCAAGCCACACCGAUAAUUGCAAUGAAACUGCACCUUGACAGUGAAGUUGUUAACGAACAUAAGGAAAGACUUUCCCAGGAAGCAGACACAACAGGCGAAUCGAGCACGCGCCAGGAAAUUCUCUUACAAACCGAUCCAACCAGUCUGGUUCACUUGAUUCAAGUCCUAGAACAGGCUUUGAUUGAUUCUAAAACGCAUAGAGUUAGAAACUUUGUCAAAUCAUUCCAGAAAUAACCCAUUCCGCUGUGUUAAUCUGUAUUUUAUUCACAAUAAAUUUAUUUCUAACAUUUUAUGGUACUUUCGUCAAAGUAUUUGUUGUACUUCUUCCACUGAUAUCGCUGCUUGGGGUCACGCUUGCUCCACGAUGGGUUCAUGUUCGGCAUUAGACCCGCUUUCUG